AUGAUCAUAAUCAAUAUCCUCUCGCUAAUCAUCCCGAUCCUCCUAGCCGUAGCCUUCCUAACACUAGUAGAACGAAAAGUUCUAGGCUAUAUACAACUCCGAAAAGGUCCCAACAUCGUAGGACCCUACGGACUCCUUCAACCCAUCGCGGACGCUGUAAAAUUAUUCACCAAAGAACCCUUACGACCGCUCACCUCCUCCACAUCAAUAUUUAUUAUGGCCCCUAUCCUAGCCUUAACCUUAGCCCUAACCAUGUGAAUCCCUUUACCCAUACCGUAUCCUCUCACCAAUAUAAACUUAGGAGUUCUAUUUAUACUAGCAAUAUCAAGCCUAGCUGUUUACUCAAUCUUAUGAUCCGGAUGGGCAUCAAAUUCAAAAUACGCCCUAAUUGGAGCCCUACGAGCCGUAGCCCAAACUAUCUCGUAUGAAGUAACCCUAGCCAUCAUUCUUCUAUCAGUAUUACUAAUAAAUGGAUCUUUUACCCUAUCUGCGCUAAUCACUACCCAAGAACACCUAUGACUAAUCUUCCCAACAUGACCCCUAGCCAUGAUAUGAUUUAUCUCCACCCUAGCAGAAACAAACCGUGCCCCAUUCGACCUGACAGAAGGAGAAUCAGAACUGGUUUCAGGAUUCAACGUAGAGUAUGCAGCAGGCCCAUUUGCCCUAUUCUUCCUAGCAGAAUACGCUAACAUCAUUAUAAUAAAUAUCCUCACUACCACCCUAUUCCUAGGGGCAUUCCACAAUCCAUACAUACCCGAGUUAUAUACUAUUAACUUCACCCUAAAAACACUAGCACUAACAAUUGUAUUCCUAUGAAUCCGGGCAUCAUACCCCCGAUUCCGCUACGACCAGCUAAUGCACCUCCUAUGAAAAAAUUUCCUACCCCUCACACUAGCCCUAUGCAUGUGACACAUAACCUUACCCGUAAUCACAGCUAGCAUUCCCCCUCAAACGUA